UUUACUUACCCGAUUACCAUACCACCUUCAUGAAACCACUGCUGCAGAUCACAGCAGAAUCAAAUUUCAUUUUCUUAUAGAAUUAAGGUACGCCCUCCUCAUGGAUAUAGCCUCUACGUUAUCGUAAAGAAAAUAUUCUGAUAUUUGGUGAUGAAACUAAAUAGUUUUUCAAAUUUAUAGUUUAGUUACGCUUAAAUUUAAUCUUUAAUAUAGGUUUAUAAGGGAGCGCAUCAAAUAAAGUCAGAGGAUUUCUGGAGAUCUUAACCGCUUAAAAAAUGUAAUGGCAUACUAAAUAUAUUAAUUGUGUGUGGUGGGCAACGACUUGAUAGUUAAUAUUGUCCUUGCUGACUAAAUUUUGGGUUUUUGUUAAAUUUAGUUCAGUGACAAUUAUGAAAAUAGGCUGAAAGGAAAGGGUACUGAGUAUACUCCUGAAUCGCCUAAUGUACUUUUUACGGGCAUUACGCAUGUUAUGCGCUUUUACACAUUAAGUGCAGGACAUUUUGUUGCACUUUGCAUAUGCACCACUAAUACUGUUUUUAGGUGACACAUGUUCAGCGCAUUUUUUGUUCGGUAAUGCGCCUUAAUUGCAAAAUGUACUACUUUAUGUGCGAUAAUAGCACUUUCUUCUCUGCUCGGGCCAGCAAUAUUUAACAUUCAAAAACAUUUUAAGGAAUUCUCCAGACUACAGCUGUCACAGCUGCAAUGCCCACCGGGCGCAGUCGACAGAGAAGACAGAGUCGAGACCGCCGGGCCGAGCCGAACUCCCGACCCCCGCUUCGGUCACUUCGGGUGGCUCCUAUACAGCUCCCGUGUGCUCCUCCGUGAAAUUCUAGCGGGCUCUCCGAGUUGCACUGUGUUAUUGUGUUUACCCGGUGGGAGCUGCGUCUUGUUUUUCUGUCAAUCGAGUCUUAUACAUUUUCAAUGAACAUUGCUUGUGAAGAUAAAGUCAAAAAUGUUUGAAGAUGACGAUGACUUUGAAAUUGAUGAGGAAUUUUUGGAUGGUGUCUUUGAUGCAGAAAAAACAGCUACCAAAAGUGAUGACACCUUUAACUCCACACUCAGCAGUCCAGAGAAUGGCCCGGUUUGUGAUUUGUCAUCACCUUCGCGAAAAAGAAAAACCUUGUCACCACGCUCAACACCUCCAGAGCAACAGAUAAUGUCUCCUGCGCCUGUAUUGCGAACAAGUGCAGAAAGUGCUCGACUCAUUGCCCAAGCUCAACAGAGACAAGGACCGUCUGGAAGUAAGUCAUCUGAAAUACUUCAGCGAGAAGGCUCUCACCAGGCAAACCAUAGAAAUGACACAUAUUCAGAGAUCAGUAGUCAUGCAAAUCAACCGAGUAAUGGUACUUUUAAGUUACCACCUCAACCGUUUCAAAGGAAAAGCCCUUCAGAAAAUUUUGAACCGAGAAGCACUGAAAUCUCUUUUAAUUUGAACACAUCAAGAGUGAGACAGAGGAAAUUUCCUGGCCCAGCUGGAUUAUUACCCGAAAGAGGACGAACUCAUGGACAGGGUCAGCGACCUAACUUUUCUUCACUUCUUGAUGUAUCUGGGAGUGAUUUGGAUGACUCUGAGGAGCCCCUAUCUUUAUGUUCACAAUCAACAGCUUCAGUCCUUGAAGAUGGACCAUGGUCAGCUCUUCAGGCUGACUUUUCUUCCGAUGGCCAAUGUUUAUUAAGACGUUAUACAGUUGCUUGGGUAAAACAGAGAGCAGCAGCAAAACAACUUGUUGGACAGAAAGUACCAUUCCUUGCGGCUGUUCUACAUAACAUUGAUUGCUCGUCGCCUGACCCUUGUGUUGUUCUUAGAGAUUCAACUGGAGAAAUACCAGGUACUCUUCACCGAUCUGUUUGGGAUAGUUUUGGGGGUCAGCUUAUAGCCGGCUCAGCACUAGUAUUACGUUUUGUUGGUGUGCUGAGCACAGGCAUCUCAGCCCGGCGUCAUUAUCUCAACAUCACAUCAAAUAAUAUUGUAACCAUUUAUAGCUCUCCUCUUUGUGAACCAUCCUUAUCAGAUACAACAAGAGUUCGAAAAACAGAUGUUCAUAAAUGGACCCUUCAUCAAUUGAUGCAAGCUACUAAUAGUUGGGAAGAACAAUGUAAAAGAAGAAAGAAUCCUGCCGCUCAAACUUCAUCUGCAUCGAGAAAUAUGAACCCUAACUCCUCAGGCAACAGUAGCCCUCAGCAAUUCUCUUUUAGACCUCCUGGACCAAUUUCUAAUAGGAGCAGCAGUGUAACUACUAACGCUGCAAUUCCCUCUGCAACAUCAUUCUCAAAACCUUCAGUUGUAGUAUCAGGUAACAGGGGGCCUCCUACUAUGACCCACCCCAAGGUAGUUAGUAUUCCAAACAAUUCAUCUGUGAGACCUCAGAUAUUAAAUUCGAAUAUGGGUGCACCACAGAGACCAUCUACAUCAUCUAUGCCUCAGACAACUGUUCAAAGUACUGGCCCAUUAAGACAGCAAAAUCCAACUGCUGGUAACACUGCCACCAAUAUGCAGGGAAGGUUUGUCCCCAAAAGACCCUCAUUAUCUUCUCCGCAAGCUAGUUUAAAUUCAUCUGUUGAUUUACAGAGUAGUCGAGAUUUAUUUUCAGACGCUGAUGAUAUUGAUAUAAGUAGUGUGUUGGAUGGCAUUGACUCUGAAUCUCUCUUUGGAGACUUUUAGUUUGUAUGAACUUAUGUUUUAUUAUUCUGAGGGAAAUCUGUUUGCUUCAGAUGCAUCAGCAGUGAUAUGAGUAAGCAUCUCUCUUGUUUGUGAUUUUGUUACCUGGCUGGUUAUGGAAUAUAGUUUUUUUUUUUUUACUCAAAACAAUCAUUUUGGUGGGUGCACAUUAAAAACCCAAGUCCUGUAAACUGAUGUUUUCUAUUUGGUAGAUUUUAUUUAUUAUUUCUGUCUUUGGAAAAAAAUUGAUGUUCCACAUUGUUUAAAGAAUGGAAGUCCUUCUCAAUUAAAUAAUACCAAUGUUAGUA